AUGGAUCGUUCCGCAUUCAAGCCUACCUACAAGAGCGCCAUGAGAUACAACAAUCUCGGCAAAUCAGGCCUAAGAAUUUCCAAAAUCGUCCUCGGCGCAAUGUCCUUCGGAAACACAGAAGGCUGGCACAUCCCCGAAGAAAAGGCCCUGCCAAUCCUCAAAGAGGCUUUUGACAAGGGGAUCAAUACAUGGGACACGGCCGACAUCUACUCCUUCGGCGAAUCAGAACGAAUAAUCGCCAAAGCCCUAAGCGCCUACUCCAUCCCCCGCGAGCGAGUAGUCCUUCUAUCAAAAUGCUACGGCGGCCUCCCAAGCCCAGGCGACAUGGACGGACUCUCCGACAACGAGAAGAUGUCCGUGAUGAUCGCCAACGACGGGAUAAUGGUCAACCGGAUCGGACUGUCACGCAAGCAUAUUUUCGACGCAGUCGAUGCUAGCGUCGCUCGACUCGGUACGUAUCUUGACGUGCUACAGAUCCAUCGGCUUGAUCGGGAUACGCCCCGUGAGGAGAUUAUGAAAGCUUUGAAUGAUGUCGUUGAGAGUGGGAAGGUUAGGUAUUUGGGUGCUAGUUCGAUGCACGCCUGGGAGUUCCAAACAUUGAACAAUAUAGCCGACAAGAACGGCUGGCACAAAUUCAUCAGUAUGCAAGAUUACUACUCCCUCCUCCACCGCGAAGAAGAGCGCGAAAUGCACCCUUACUGCCGUGAUGCUGGUAUCGGGAUCAUUCCCUGGUCGCCUCUUUCGCGGGGUCUCUUGACGCGCCCUUAUAGGGCGACGCAGGAGCAGCCAACUGUGCGGCAGGGAACGGAUUUCACGGCCGAGUGGUUGAUGGGUGGGACUACCGAGGCGGAUAUUGCUAUUAUCAAUCGGGUUGAGGAAUUGGCUGUGCAGAAGGGGUGUAGUAUGGCACAGAUUGGAAUUAUUUGGUGUCUUGUCAAGGGAGUUAAUCCUGUUGUUGGAUUGUCGAGUUCUAAGAGGCUUGAUGAGGCUGUGCAGGCUGUGGCCUUGUUCGAGAGUGAGGUUUUAACUGGGGAGGAUGUGAAGUCUUUGGAUGAGCUUUAUGUUCCUAAGAUGGCGUUGUCGGGGACUUGGUGA